CUGUGAUCAAUUCUCCCUAUUCUCCUUCACACCACUUCCAAAAAGGGAACAUCACAUAAAACCAUUCCACACACCAUUAUAUGUAGCACAAUUCCUUCAGAUUCAGUUCAAACCAGAAUUCCCGUUACCCUUUACCCUUUCUCUUUUACCUUUUUUCCUACCCUUUUCUCAAUUACAUUUUCAUUCCAUGCACGUGAGUUAAUGUUAUACGUAUAUAUGUAGCCAGCUACCACUCAUUCAAAAAAGGGUACGUUCAUAUAUAUCUAUAUCUAUAUAUAAAUAUAGUUUUUGCUAGGAUAUCGUUGGAGUUUCCAAUCUAUAGAGUGUUGAUUUGGAAUUGAUGCUUGCCGUGGCACCUUUGAGGAGCAUCAAAGAUGAAAAGAACCAAAGAGAGAUGGAGGGUUUCUCGAUGGCAGCAAAAUCGGCAUCAGAUGAUGAUGACUUUCGUGAGCUUUCUGAAGGGAACUUAUUGGAGAGCAUCAACUUCGACGAUCUCUUCGUCGGCAUCGACGUUGGCGGAGAUGUCUUGCCGGACUUGGAGAUGUUUGGUGAGUUUUCCGUCAGCGCCGGGGAAGAGUCGUCGGAGAUGAACUCAUCAGCAGAGAACAGCAAGGAGGAGAAUGAUCGAAACUGUGUUCUGACUGUUUCAAAAAAGGAAGUAGAGGAAGACAAAAGUUCUUGUGCUGCUUCGGGUCAAGAGAUAGUGAGCAAGAAUGGUGAAUCGGUGGUGGUGAAUCCUGCGCCAAAAGAAGGUGGAAAAGGAAGAAAAUCUUCAUCGGCUCAGUUGAAGAAUAAUAGUAAUAGUAAUCAUCCUCAAGGGAAGAGAAAAGUGAAGGUGGAUUGGACCCCAGAAUUGCACAGGCGAUUUGUGCAAGCUGUGGAACAGCUAGGUGUGGACAAAGCAGUGCCUUCAAGGAUUUUGGAGAUUAUGGGAAUUAAUUGUUUAACUCGUCAUAACAUUGCAAGCCACCUUCAAAAAUAUAGAUCUCAUCGGAAACACCUUCUGGCUCGUGAGGCUGAAGCAGCAAGUUGGAGUCAAAGGAGGCACAUAUAUGGUGUUGGGAAGAGAGAGGUGAGUCCAUGGCUAGCACCCACCAUGGGAUUCCCUCCUCCAAUGACCACAAUGCACCAUUUUAGACCUCUACACGUGUGGGGGCACCCUUCCAUGAACCAUUCCUUCAUGCACGUGUGGCCCAAACAUCUUCCACCUUCACCACCACCACUCUCAUGGCCAUCACCUGCACCACCACAAGACCCUUCGUUUUGGCAUCAACCGGCUCCAAAUGCUCUAAUACCAGGAACAGUUGGUUUCCCACAACCUCUGACACAAACGGGUUUUGGAACUCACCAUGUCCCUGGCAUCCCACCCCAUGCCAUGUACAAAGCAGAUCACAGUAUUGGCAUCCAUGGUCCUCGUCCUCUAUUAGAUUUUCACCCGUCAAAGGAGUGCAUAGAUGCAGCUAUUGGAGAUGUUUUAUCAAAGCCAUGGCUGCCCUUACCUCUUGGACUGAAGGCUCCAGCAAUUGACAGUGUGAUGAGUGAAUUACAGAGACAAGGGAUUCCAAACAUUCCACCUUCCAGUGCUUGAAAUUGAGCAACCUUUGAGGGAAUGUUCUUCCCUUUGGUGUCCUUUGAAGGACGCUUAACCCUAAUUUGACGACUUCUCAUCCAUUAGAUGUUGCAUUUCAUAUAUGUUACAUCUAAGCUACUGUGUGAGUACAUUCAUAUGCUUCUUCUUUUCCUUUCAACACCAGAAAGAAAAGAAGAAAAAACUUCAAGAACUUUUCUAAUUUUCCUGAGCUAUAAUGCACGAGUUAUAGUGGUUUCAUCAUGGUGUGGUGAUUGUAGCCAUUUUGUAUACGUACGUUUGUAAAGGCAGCUAUUUUUGUAAUAGCUUCAGCAGCUGAGAAAGUAUCAAUAAAUUUGGUGCUUUAAUCAAA